AAGGGAGUCGACGGCACUGUGCGAGGUCCGAGGGGCCACAGUGGGAGGAGUCGGAGCAGGCGACAGCGGGACUCGAACAGUGGAGCGAGCGACUCGAGCAGCUAGAAUUUGGACAGGUUUUGCACCAGAGCAUGAUGCCAGAGAAUUGCUGCCGAUGCGCUCAAUUGUUUAUAGCAAUCGCUGGCCAGUCAAAGGUCUUUUUCCCGCCGAUGUGUGGAAUGCUGAUGAGCCAGCUUCCGCUUCACUAGAAGUUCAGCCAGCUCCUUCAGCUGCACAACGAGACCCAAGCACCUCGAUCCGUAUCCUCUCUCCAUCUCCAUCUCCACGCCAUCCCGCCAGCCUCUUCUUCAGCCCCGGGCUGCUGCUGCCGCUGCUUGCUGUAAGUCCACAUUACUAACUCGCCACGUUCGAUUGCUCGGCUUGGCUUCAGAGCACAGGUUGACAUACUGAGAGCAGCGCAGCGCAGCAGAUUUUCGUCCUUCGGCUUCUGACUUCCUUGACCCGGAGAAUUGCACUCCAUCGACGACGACGAAGGUCUUCUCGAUCCAGUUCUCGGCUUUCGUUCUGCUCUCUCUCUCUCUCUCUCUCUCUUCCCACGACCGGAUCCAGUAGCUAGCUAGGCAGCUGGUGGAUCACCCGGACAGGUGUGGAGUUCCUUGAAUCUGUCGAGUCCACUCGCUGCAUCGCACGACAUUUGGAUCACAGGAGGAGCUCGUCACCUCUCGGAGUGCAGUGCAGUGCAUUCCAUCGCGUUGCAGUGGAUUGGAUUGGAUUGGACAAAGGCGAUCUGCCGAGGUUCUCUGCGGCUCAAAUCUGGGGUAGUUGGAGCAUUGCAGCGUGGAUCGUCGAUAGUUCGAUCAUAUGGGAGUGCCGGGAGCAGCGGGCGCAGCAGUAGCAGCAGCAGCAGCUCGAGCUCCGGCGGAAGCGAUGGAUCGACACAAGAAGCGAGGAACGAACGUACUAAUGGUGGUCCUCUUCUCGAUGGUGCUGCUGGUGGGCAUGACGAAGAUCCACGCUCUGGUGACAUUCUGCGAUGAGGAGACGCCGACGACGGGAGAAUUCGAACAGGAGAUUGACACCCGGAGAAUGCUGACCGCAUCGGAAUUGAGCGCAGAAGCCGAGAGGAGAUUAGUCGUAGAGGCUGAGAUCAGGAGAAUUCUCGCCACGAAGAAAAAGUCCAACACCAAAUCCUCGGGCUACUUCAUCAGUUACAGCGCCCUGUCCGCGAGCCGGACGUCGUGCCCGCCUCGAUCCGGCAGGUCUUACUACACUCGGAAUUGCAAUUCUGCAUCCGGACCCGUCCGACCUUACUCCAGGGGCUGCUCCACCAUUUCUCGAUGCGCCAGGGACUCCGGGUAGAUUGCGGGUCCAGGGUCCGGGCUCUCUCGCUCGCUCGCUCCAGAGCCGAUUGCAGCCGCAGAACUCUUUCACCCUCCGAAUUGUUAAUUAAAUCAGUCUGGGAGAUGUCUUGUACCCACCACUUGAAUCCGCUUCCGUGCAGGUGUGGGGGGCGGGCAGGCUUCGAGCUUCGAGCUAGCCCGGCGUUUCAUCCCAACGGAAUCGGAUAUUUGAACCAUAAUUGUAUUCCAGGAACUCCCUGCUGCAGCCCCCCUCGAGGGGCGUUCAUCAUUCAUUCAUUCAUUAUUAUCUUUACAGUUUUGUGUGUGUCUACGUUACUCGGAGGAUUUGGCAGAUGUUGCAGUGUGUGUCUUCAUGUUCCUGUCAGGCAUUCAUUCAUCUCUUCCGCAGAAUCGUCGAGGCUCUUACUUCCGUUCGAUAAUAAAGUCCACUGCCCGCCCGCCUUGACACUCACUCGAGAGCGGCCCAAGGAACGGAAGCAAAUCGAAAAGGGGGAAAAACAACUUUUGAACUAUUCUAAACUAUAUACACUAAUCCUAGGCCGCUUGCCGAUUCAUCACCGGGGAUUCGGGUGAUGGGCUUGUAAAGAAUGCACGAGCGGCGAGCUAGUUAGUGCAGAAAUGCUUCGAGCUCCUCGUGCUCGACAGGUUUACUAGGACACGUAGUGACCAGCAGACCUGCUGUACGAUGGGAGUAGCUUAUCAAAAUUGAGAUCCCUCAGUUCAAGAGGGCUUCAUAGAAUUUACCGAACCCCAUCCUUCUGGGGCCGAUGUAACCGUGUUCUGCUUCUUUUGACAGUUGAUGAGUUUCAAAACUUUGAUAGGCACCAUGAAACUCUGUAACAACAUACCUUCACGUGGAUUCAAAAGUUAAGCGAUCUUUCGAAACAGUGACGUAAGAAAAAUGGUUUGAAGCCAAGGAGUGUGGGAUCUCUCUCUCGAUCUCUUUUCAAACCUCUGCUCUUGCCUGAUUUUCUCUGACUAGCUAGCUGCCCAUGGAUCACUACCAUUCGGUCUCUGCUUUGGAUGGGUGUCAUCUCCGUGCUUCCUCCUCGUGUCAGCCUGUCAAGUGUACCGUGCUAGUCAUAGUGGUACUAGUCUGUUGGUGAAGAUGACAUAUCCGCCCUGUUAUCGUUGUAGAACUCACCAUCGCAUCACGUAAACUCGUGUCUUUCAUUUUCAUGUC